GCCGAAGAAGCAUUGAAUUGCUUGUAUAUUUAGUUGAAUUGAGUUGGUUUUGAGUUGUUUUUUCCAGAUUUUCCUCCUCAAUUAAAUGAAUUAAAAACUCCACCUCGCUUCCACUUCCAUCUACUGCGGCUUCAAUAAACGUCGUCGUUCAGGCAUACCAAGAACCUGCAACUCCAUUUACAGUGCCAAUUUUGCAGUUUUUGUUCACUUUUUGAACAAAAUAAUUUCUGGAUUCUGUCCAUUUAAUUGAAUUUCAAACUUUUGUGCAAAAUAAUUUCUGGGUUUUGUGCAUUUAGUCGAAUUUUUUAGACAAAAAUAGUUUCUGGGUCUUGUGCAAAUAACUGAAUUUCAGGCUGCUUUGCAGAUUUCUGGUAAUUAGGCAAAAAGAAAUUCUGGGUAUUGUGCAAGAUUGAAUUUUGAGAAAUGGGUAAUAGAUUUAUUUGCAUGACGAAGAAGGAUAUAAAAGAAACAGGCAAACCUGGAAUAGGGUCAAGGAGUAAGAGGAAUGAGAGAUCAAAGAGGAGGUCAUUAAUGGAAGAGGAGUUGCUUCAUAGGCAAGCUUUAUCAAUGGCAAUUCAGCAGCAUCAGUUGUCUCAAAGAUUUGAUGGUGGGUCCAUGUCUAGACGUAUUGGAUCCACAAGCUCUCGCCGCCGCAAUGAUUUGCCUGAUCAGUUAGCUUCUAAUUCAAAACAGUUACCUGCAGAGAUUUUGGAGAACACCAAAACAAAGAAAUUUGUUUUGAUACAUGGAGAAGGAUUUGGAGCUUGGUGUUGGUACAAAACUAUUGCUCUAUUGGAGGAAACAGGAUUGGUCCCCACAGCCUUAGAUCUAACUGGAUCUGGCAUUGAUCUGACAGAUACAAAUAAUGUUACAACUCUAGUCGACUACUCAAAACCAUUAAUUGAUUAUCUGGAGAACUUGCCGGAGGAUGAAAAGGUAAUUUUGGUCGGUCACAGUGCUGGAGGUGCUUGUGUUUCCUAUGCUUUAGAGCAUUUCCCCGAUAAAAUUGCAAAAGCUGUAUUUCUUUGUGCCACAAUGAUAUCUGAUGGCCAGAGGCCUUUUGAUGCAUUUGCUGAAGAGCUUGGGUCCGCAGAGCUAUUCACCCAGGAGUCUAAGUUCUUAACUUACGGGAAUGGUAAAGACAAGCCUGCUACUGGCCUCAUGUUCGAGAAGGAGCAAAUGCAUGGGCUAUAUUUCAAUCAAUCUCCUACAAAGGACGUUGCUUUGGCAAUGGUUUCUAUGAGACCUAUUCCCCUUGGUCCAAUGAUGGACAAGCUAGCACUGACACCUGAAAAGUAUGGAGCUAGUCGUAGAUUUUAUAUCCAGACAUUGGAUGAUCAUGCUCUUUCACCGGAUGUCCAAGAAAAGCUUGUGAGGGAAAACCCCCCUGAAGGAGUUUUCAAGAUCAAAGGCAGUGACCAUUCUCCAUUCUUCUCGAAGCCACAGUCGCUGCAUAAGAUUUUGGUCGAAAUUGCUCAGAUUCCAUAGUGUUAGUUUCCUUUAACAAGAAGCAGGGGGGAGUUUUCUUCAUAGAGAAAAUGACACUCCUAGUUUCUUAUGGAGGCUGUAGAAUCCAUGAGGUGGUUGGUUGUACAGAAGAGAAGAAUGACUCGGCUUGUUUUAAAUCAUGUUGAAAUAUUUGAUAGUUUCUUUCACUUAUAACAGGAAAGGCAUUGGUUCGUAGUUGACAUAUUCUUCUUGUAGUUAAAUCUGAGGUAGCAGGUAGAUUUGAAAUAUUCCUCAUGUACCUGUGGUAGCACUUUGUUCUAUCUAUUGUUGACUCCUAAAGAAACAAUAGUGUUUACCGUGAAAAUGGUAAUAACAAUUAAAUUUGAUUA